UUAGUCUACCGCAAAGCGCAGGCGCUUGCUCUGGGGCAGUAGACGGGGCUAAGCUUUCCCGGGUUUGCAGGACCCAGUCCCGAGCCCGGGACGCGCGCGUGCACGAAUUUUUCGGAAAGGAGACCGAGCUUCCGACAGUGCGCGCGCACGUUGAGUUGCGCACCGUAAUCUCACAAACGUAGUAGUCCUCCAUUUGAGCCAUGGCCAACUCCCUAUGGAAAUGCUCUUGAAAAUGAUUCUUGCCUCAGGUUUGGGCCCCCGAGGCCGGAUCCAGCUUGCAUACCUGCCCAGUUUCAAGUCCUGGACCCUUGUCUCCACCCUCCACCCCAAUUCCAUGAAUAGGGAACCAUAAAGCUAUUGUGCUCUGCCGGGAAAUUCGGGAUCGAGCCCAGUCUCCGUUAAGCUCCAGACUGGGCACAGAAGCGACCGUCCCAUGUGUCAUGAAUUGUUUGUGUGCUGAUUCUGUGCACUGCAGGCGUGAAUGCACAGACAUGUGCCAUGAAUGAGUGAGUGUAUGUGCUGUGAGGACAUACACAUGUGUACACACGGGUAUUCAGGCAUGUGCACUGCCCCUGCACCGCCAUGGGCAUGCAGGAGCUGACACUUUUAAAUGCAUGUACUUUAAAGGUGAACAGCAUGUGAGCUACAUAGCGUUCCUAUGCAGACCUGCAACCUCUGCGUUGUGGUCAAACUUUCAAGCACCCAGCAGAGUUCCACUAUGGUUUGUAGCCCCACCCAGAAGGGGAGCAGGGGGUGCCAGGGCACCCCCUACCCUCAGUAGAAUCAAGACAGUUUGCAUCUCAUUUACAUCCAGCCCUGGGCCAUAGAGGUGAAAAGGAAGGUUCCAUGGGUCCCCAGGAUCUGAGGGCCCAGGGGACAGGGGGGUGGAGCCCUUUGCACAGUUCUGCAGCUAGGGCAGGAAGCGAGAGUGGGGAGGGGGAAGGCCACAGCCCUCAGAGGCAAGGCGGGAGCAGGGCUUGUGGGGAGAGAAGGAGGUGCCAGCGCUCCUAGCUCCAGCCCUGAGGCCCUGCUGGCCCCUGGGCGCAGGCCUAGCUCAGGCCUCCAGGGAUGGAGCUCGUGGACCCCGACAUUUUUAACAGGGAUCCCCGGGACCAUUAUGACCUGCUGCAACGGCUGGGUGGCGGCACCUAUGGGGAAGUGUUCAAGGCUCGAGACAAGGUGUCCGGAGACCUGGUGGCACUGAAGAUGGUGAAGAUGGAGCCUGAUGAUGAUGUGUCCACCCUUCAGAAGGAAAUCCUCAUGUUGAAAACUUGCCGGCAUGCCAACAUCGUGGCCUACCAUGGCAGUUACCUCUGGUUGCAGAAGCUCUGGAUCUGCAUGGAAUUCUGUGGGGCUGGCUCUCUCCAGGACAUCUACCAAGUGACUGGCUCCCUCUCAGAGCUCCAGAUCAGCUAUGUCUGCAGGGAAGUGCUCCAGGGGCUGGCCUACCUGCACUCACAGAAGAAGAUACACCGGGACAUCAAGGGAGCCAAUAUCCUCAUCAACGAUGCUGGGGAGGUCCGACUGGCUGACUUUGGGAUCUCGGCCCAGAUUGGGGCGACGCUGGCUAGACGCCUGUCUUUCAUUGGGACACCUUACUGGAUGGCUCCAGAAGUAGCUGCUGUGGCCCUGAAGGGAGGGUACAACGAGCUGUGUGACAUCUGGUCCUUGGGGAUCACGGCCAUUGAACUGGCUGAGCUGCAGCCACCACUUUUUGAUGUUCAUCCUCUCAGAGUUCUCUUCCUCAUGACCAAGAGUGGCUACCAGCCUCCCCGGCUAAAGGAAAAGAGCAAAUGGUCAGCUGCCUUCCACAACUUUGUCAAAGUCACACUCACCAAGAGCCCCAAGAAGCGACCUGGCGCCACCAAGAUGCUCAGUCACCAGCUGGUGGCCCAGCCUGGGCUGAGUAGGGGCCUGAUCCUAGAUCUUCUGGACAAAAUGAGGAAUCCCGGAAAGGGGCUCCCCAUUGCUGAGACUGAAGAUGAGGAUCCCGAGCCACCCCCUGCCAUCCCUCGGCGUAUCAGGUCCACCCACCAGUCCAGCUCUCUGGGGAUCCCAGACGCAGAUUGCUAUCGGAGGCACAUGGAGUUCAGGAAGCUCCGAGGAGUGGAGCCCAGACCCCCAGCUGACAGCACUGCUCGCCUGCAGCCACCCGCAGACUUCAGGAGCAGCAGUCCCAGGAGCCACCUGUCAGAGUCCGAUGAUGAUUACGACGAUGUGGACAUCCCCCCCUCUGCAGAGGACACUCCCCCGCCACUGCCCCCCAAGCCCAAGUUCCGUUCUCCAUCAGAUGAAGGUCCUGGGGGAAUGGGGGAUGAGGGGCAGCUGAGCCCAGGGGUGCUGGUCCGGUGUGCCAGUGGACCCCCCCCACGCACCCCCCAUCUUGGUCCCCCCCCAGCCACCCGCAGCCCCCACCUCACUGCCCAUUCAGAGCCCUCACUCUGGAACCCAGCUUCCCGGGAGCCUGACCAGCCCCCACUGCUGCCCCCUAAAAAGGAAAAGAUGAAGAGAAAGGGAUGUGCCCUUCUCGUAAAGCUGUUCAAUGGCUGUCCCCUCCGGAUCCACAGCACAGCAGCCUGGACACACCCCUCCACCAAGGACCAGCACCUGCUCCUCGGGGCUGAAGAAGGCAUUUUCAUCUUGAACCGGAAUGAUCAGGAGGCCACGCUGGAGAUGCUCUUUCCUAGCCGGACCACCUGGUUAUACUCCAUCAACAAUGUCCUCAUGUCCCUCUCAGGAAAGACCCCCCACCUGUAUUCUCAUAGCAUCCUGGGCCUUUUGGAACGGAAAGAGACCAGAGCAGGAAGCCCCAUCGCUCACAUUAGCCCCCACCGGCUACUGGGAAGGAGAAACAUGGUCUCCACCAAGAUCCAGGACACCAAGGGCUGCCGGGCGUGCUGUGUGGCUGAGGGUGCGAGCUCCGGGGGCCCAUUCCUGUGCGGGGCGCUGGAGACCUCCGUGGUCCUGCUCCAGUGGUACCAGCCCAUGAACAAGUUCCUGCUGGUCCGGCAGGUGCUGUUUCCACUGCCCACGCCUCUGCCAGUGUUCGCGCUGCUGACCUCGCCAGGCUCCGACCUGCCGGCCGUGUGCAUCGGCGUGAGCCCGGGCCGGCUGGCGAAGUCAGUGCUCUUCCACACCGUACGCUUCGGUGCACUGUCCUGCUGGCUGGGAGAGAUGAGCACCGAGCACAAGGGAGCAGUGCAGGUGACCCAAGUAAAGGAAGACAUGGUGAUGGUGUUGAUGGAUGGCUCCCUGAAGCUGGUGACGCCAGAGGGGGCCCCAGUCCCGGGACUUCGCACAUCUGAGAUCCCCAUGACGGAACCGGUGGAGGCCGUGGCUAUGGUCGGGGGCAGGCUGCAGGCCUUCUGGAAGCACGGAGUCCAGGUGUGGGCUCCAGGUUCCGACCAGCUGCUGCAGGAGCUGAGAGACCCAACCCUCACCUUCCGUCUGCUUGGCUCCCCCAGGUCUGACCAUCUCACUGUCUCUCUGCUUCAAAUCCUCCCGAGGCCUCAAGGGAAACACUCAGUACUGGCCUCAACCCACAAGUCCAGCCACACCCAGCCUCUCCUCAUCAAAGGCCUGUGGUGGUGGAGACGAGACCAGCCGACGACCCCACUGCCCCCAGCAACCUCUACAUCCAGGAAUGACCCUACAGGGUCUUUUAGGAACGGGUCCCUGCAUCCACCUCUCCAAAGUACACACUAGUGGUCAUGUCAUAGCGUCGUCUUCUAAUAAAUGUGACUUUAGCCUA